UCUGCUUUCCUUGGCUUUGCCAGAAUGUAUGGGACUUAAUCAUUCUGACCUGCUUGUUGUUUCAAAGGAAAUAACUUUACAGCAGAUAAUGGCACAUUUGGACUCUAUUCGGAAAGAUAUGGUCAUCCUGGAGAAAAGCGAAUUUGCAAACUUGAGAGCAGAGAAUGAGAAAAUGAAAAUUGAAUUAGAUCAAGUUAAACAACAGCUAAUGAAUGAAACAGGUAAAAUCCGAGCUGACAGCAAGCUGGAUAUAAACCUGGAAAGAAGCAGAGUGACGGAUAUGUUUACAGAUCAAGAGAAGAAACUCAUGGAAGCAACUACAGAGUUUCACAAGAAAGAUUCAAGUACCAACAGUGUUAUCUCAGAAAUCAGUAAUAAAAUUGACACUGAAAUAGCUUCCUUAAAGACACUUAUGGAAUCUAAUAAGCUGGAUACAAUCCGUUAUUUGGCAGCUUCAGUAUUCACUUGCCUAGCAAUAGCACUGGGAUUCUACAGGUUCUGGAAAUAGAUGUAAAUGGAACAACUGCAUCAAACAUAGAUGGAGAAAAGGCCACCAUGCAGCAUGUGUUAGACUGUCAUGUUUGAGCUGUAGGUAAUCUUGGUACCCUUUGGGUUUGAUGUUCUUGUUGUGCACUAAGGAUGUUUUCUGAAUAGGUAACACUAAAGAUCAAAAUAAC